UCGCGUUCAGCUCGUCGAGCCCGUUGAGACACGGUUCGCAUCGGUUUUCCUGAUGCUGACGUGUCUCAAAGGCCGACGAGAUGCGUUGGAGAGCAUGUUGCAUGGGGAUGCUUGGGCACGCAUCCCGUGGGAGCGCAGGCAUGUAUCGCAGGCGCAGUGGGUGCAACAGAAGAUCCGGGACGUGGAGUUUUGGUUUGAUGAGGAGGGUCGACGUGCCGGAGGACAUGAUCGAGCUGUGCAUGUUGCCAUCCGCAACCUCCACAUGCUAGAGCCCGCACAUGCCUCGGCCCACCUCCUCAACCCUCGUCGACGGUCGCUCACGUAUUACGAGUCGUUACAGACGACCGCCGACGACGCCCGUGUGGUCGAGGAGUGCGACAAAUUUCUCCUGGCGCAGACCGGCGGCGAUUCGGUCGGCAGACUGUACAGGACUGUGAGGGAUCAGAUGAGGGUCUUCCACUCGAGGCGAGGUGAUUGGGGAGAUCGGUCCCUCUCUGAUGCCGAGGCGGACGAUUGCAGGGGGGACCGCGAGACCGAGCGAUGUGCAGCAUGGUGGUUUGACCAUGGACGGGCCCACCCAGAGUUGUGCACCAUCGCCAUCCGUGUCAUGCACUUGUGGACGUCUGCCUCUCUAGCGGAGAGGAACUGGACGCAGCACGAGCGCAUCAACACGGCGAGGCGCGCCAAGCUUGGGUUUGCCAAGCUUGCACAACUGGUUGAGAUUGCCACCAAUCUCAAACUGGCCUCCUGCACACGGCAGGGUGGUGGCUACCUGUUACCAUGGGUUAUGGGGACCGGUCGGGAGGGGACGGCGGCAGAGGACGAGGAUGAGGAGGGAGACGUGGAGCCCGAGGUGUGGGGAGCACGACCUGCUGGCAGUGUUCCAGAGGUGGAGAUCCAGCAACGAAUUGUCGCUUUCCAUGACAGCCGACCGUCCAGAGCCCUUUCGGUUCGGGACAUGUUCGGCAAGAGGGCGACGGAGCUGCGACCGUGGCCAGAGGGUGGUGAUGAUGUGGACGCUGAUGCGGCAGACGACGACAUCGACGACGAGUGGACAGACGAUGAUGACACGCCGCUGAUUGGCGACCCGACGGCUGAGUGGGUGUACUUCACUUAUGGUGGGGGACGAGACGUCGUGGAUUCAUUCACAUCAGUUAUCACUGGUGAUGUGCCGUCGACCACACAGGAGAGUGGCAGCAGUAGAGCCACUGAUGGUCGUGGAGGACGUUUGCGUGCGGAGGUUGGCGUCGACGACUCGGGGGAGCAGCAGCCACGGGGAGGUCUUCGGCAGACAGGCAGACGUUGGGAGAAGAGGGAUGCCCGUUUGGACCGAGAGGAGGAGGAGCGGCUGGGGAGUUUACCACGAUGGGAAGGUCGGUUCGCGUAUCUUGACGAGCAGCGUCGGCGGAGGGAGUUGGAGACAGGAGGGGGGGGAGGCCGUGACGUCGACGACUCGGGUGUCCCUGAGGAGGCAGCUCAGGGGGAGUUCGAUGAUGAGGGACACGAUGCCGCCGCGGGUGGUGGGUUAGGUGGUGGACGUCGCGGCGACGGGGAGACCGCGGGUGAUGAGGGGCAGGAUGUUGUCGUGGGCGGUGGGUCCCCUAGUGGGGGGCGUGGCGACAGCGAGACCGCGGGUGACGAGGGACAGGGUGCCGCCGUGUGUGGCAGAGGAGAGGGUGGACCCCGUGGAGAUGGGGACACCGCGGGUGUCGGGGGAGACGAUGGACCUGACGGAGAUGAUGACGACGACUACGGUCCCGAGGACGAUGCGUAUAGGCUCGCCUUGGUGUUGAGGGACCCCAUAGUACCUCCCUUGCGCCCUGUCGACACAACGCACACUUUCUUCGACGUCGACGCUUUGGCGCAAGCGUUGACGGAUGACCCUUUCACACACAUGAGCCGCAAGAGCGGCAAGAGGCGGGCCCCUGGGAGGGUAUAUUCACCGCCGCCGUUCGUGGUGGAGAGCCCUCACUGGUCGGGUUCGUCGCUCAGCGGCGUGAGAGGGAGGGAGUCCACAACGUGUGUGGUGGGGUCCAGCAGACACAGCGACGGCGGCAGAGACAGUGCAGGAUCCAUGCCUCCACCGCCCGCACGGACUCCGGAGGCCGGGGUCGACGCUGGGGACCAGACGGCGGAACCCGGAGUUGCGCACAGUGGCGGUUCCCCGCCGACAGUCCGAGGUGGUGUGGGUGGCGGAUGGUCAGCUGUUCGUCGGGUCGGGGACUGGUUGCGGGCGGAUUACGACGCCGGGAGAUGCGUCUUCACGGGACGUACGCCAGUUCAGACGCAGGUUGCGGAGUGUGGGUCCGGACGUCCGAGCCUGCAGAUGGCAGGCCGCAUGCUCGGUUUGUCACGAGCGGAGGCGAGGAGAUCAUUGGUCCUCGAGGCCGCAGGGACAUCCACGGACAUGCUGCGGGGAGAGCAGUUCACAUCGGGCGAAGAGGGGUUGUUCAUGCGCCACGGGACGAGACAACAGUGUGGCCUCUCGGAGGUUAAGGCUCGACUCGCGGCAGGGGUCGCCGCUGGCCAGGCAGCAUUGGACGCGAUUCAGAGGGAGAGAGAGACGGGGAUUGUUGCACGGGCGGCAGAGGACGAGGACGCAGACACAGAGUCCGAGCCGAUCGAGACUGCGGCUCGCAGCCACAGGGCACAGGUGGCCGCGGCAGCCGCUGCAACACAGACGGCAUACCUCAGCGGAGCACGGGGCACAGGUGCCGAAGGGAGAGGAGGGCGACGGGGAGGACCACAUGGCCGCCCGUCCUCCGGGAGAGGCCGCGCACGCUCUGGAGGGAGAUGACAACGUCCGUGGUAUUUUUUUUUUUAUUAUUUUUUUUUGUUUUUUGCGUGGCUGUACAGCCUGGGUGCU